UGCUGGGGGAUGUCAGUGGUGUGAGGUAAACAGAGGAGCGGUGGGCGGCCGGGGAUCGGACGCGUUUUCCCGGUGCCGCCAACCGACCGCCGCGCCGUGCCGGCCCCCGGGGGUAGUCCCACCGCCGGCACCGCGCAUCAUGGAGGAGCAGAUCAAACUGUGUGUCACCUGUGGCGGAGAGACGCAAACUUUCCUGAUGUGCGACUCGGCGAAGACGACGUGGGCGGACCUGGAGGCGAUGAUAAAAGUGUCAUUUGAUCUCAACAAUGUUCAAAUGAAGUACUUUGAUGAAGAUAAUGAAGAGGUGUCUGUUAACAGUGCAGAGGAAUAUGAAGAACUUUUAAAGAGUGCAGUUAAGCAAGGAAAACAGAUUCAAAUGAAUGCUUAUGAAGUAAAACUGAAGGAUAAAAUGGAAAACCAUAGUGCAAAGAGAACGUUUGAAAAUAAUGAGUUGAAAGGGUCUCAGAAUAAGAAAGCUAAGAAAAAAGAAAUGAAACAUUAUUCACAGUUAGCAAAAGUCAUUGGCCCUGAGAUGAAGGUUUCACAAGAAGCUAAAAAAAAGAUAAUGCCUAAAGAUGCAAAUCAAACAAAAGAAAAUUGGCAGCUGCCUCCAGUUUGGUUUACAGAAUACAUGGAAAUGUUCAAAGAAACCUUUGUGAGAGAAGCUGUUGACCGGAUCUGUUGCGAUUUCUUUGAGAAAAUGAACAUUCAGCAGCGUGUGUGUAAUCCUUCCAAUGGCUUGGUGGCAUGUCCUAUCCAAGUUCCAGAAGUGCACACAACACAGGUUAACUGCUACGAUUGGCUAAUGACUUGUAACAACUGCCAAUCUCGAAUUCUUGGAAUACGCUACCAGUGCAGCAUUUGCCCUACUUAUACCAUCUGUGACUCGUGUGAAGCUGGUGAUUAUAGGCAUGAUCCUAAUCAUGCAUUGUUGAAAUUGAGAAAAGCCUUACCGUCAGCUGAGAUCACACCUACGCAGUUCGGAAACUCUCUCCCUGGUGUAGCAGAACAAACAAGGUUGCAGAAACAAAUAGAUAAAACUUUUCUGAAAGCUGAAAAGCAAAGACUGCGAGCUGAAAAGAGACAACGCAAGGCAGAGUUUAAGGAGAUUAAAAAGCAGCUAAAACUGCAGAAAAAGCAUCUGCAGUGGAAUGGUGUACAUGUCAUGGAACAACUAAGUCAACCCAUACAAGAGCCUAAAGGACCCAAGCAUGCCACUUCUACAAUGCCUGUUAUGUCAACACUGAGUGCUGAAUUUGUGGAUGAGAAUUUUCCUGAUGGUAGUUGUCUUCAGCCAGGAUUCAAAUUUAUCAAGCACUGGCGAAUGAAGAACACUGGCACUGCUAAUUGGACAUCUGCCACAAAACUCCAGUUCAUGUGGGGUAACCUCACCCUGGCUUUCCCUGCAAAAAAGGAAGUAUCUGUUCCAUUUCUACAACCAGGAGAGAUUGGUGUUGUUUCAGUGAAAUUUGUUGCACCAAACUUUGAAGGCACUUACACUUCUCAUUGGCGCUUGGCUCACAAAGGGGAACAGUUUGGACCUAGAGUAUGGUGCAGCAUUGUUAUUGAUGCUCCAUUACCCACUGAAGUUGCAGAUGUGACCCCAGAUGUGAAUGCAAACUCUCCUUUUGGCUCCAAGACAAGAUUUCCUGAAAAUCAGGAUGAAGUUCCCUUAGCUUCAGAGAUCGAAGAUCAACCUGUUGCAGAAGAAGAAUCCACAGUAAUGGCAACUACGAAAAAGACACUUGUGACAGAAGACAUUGGGAAGCAUCCAGUUGUGUUGGAUCUUGAAGAAGCAGAAGCAGCAAAAACAGCAACCAUAGCAUUGCCUAAAUUUCAGCCUAAAGACCAGAAUGGGGAAUUUUACACAUUUAUGCCAUCUGUAGACCUUCUGACUGCACAGGACCUGCUUUCAUUUGAACUAUUGGACAUAAAUAUUGUUCAGGAAAUGGAACAUGUACCAAACAACACCCCAGUUGAUAUGACCCCGUGCAUGUCACCUUUACCCUAUGAUGGUCCACUAAUUGAGAGGCCUGGUCUUGUUCAGAUUGAAGAGGAAAAUGAAGCUAACUUCAAGUCACGGUUGGAUCAUCCUCAUUUAGAGGAAGGAGAGGAGGACAUCAGCGGGACUCAGUUUGUUUGUGAGACUGUUAUCCGUUCUCUAGCUUUAGAUGAAGCUCCUGAUUUGCUGCCACGCCGCAGGGGUAAUCCAGACAGCACCUCCCAGGAAAUGCAAGAAACUUGCAGCUCUGAUAUUAAUAACAGUGAAUGGAAAGCUGACAAAAUCACUAUGAUGACAACUACUACAACAGGGCAGACAAAACUUUGCACAGAAGAGGUACUACAGAAGAAAGAUGAUGUUGAAACUGCAGCUGAUGGUGUCAGUGAAUGCUUUGAAGAAGAAAAGUAUGAAGUAGAAAGUCAGGGGUCCUCUGACUGUUCGGAGGACUACAUUAUCAUCUUACCUGAGUGUUUUGAUACAAGUCGCCCUCUGGGAGAAUCUAUGUACAGCUCUGCCCUUUCCCAACCUGAAGAAAUGGAGGAAGAGGAGGAGAUAGAAGUGGUAUCUGAUGCUGACGUCCCUGAGAGUGAAAAUGCUGUCGGUGAAAACAAGCCUCAGUUGCAUAACAUUAAUGAUAUAUUAUGUAUAUCUCAGACACUGGAAAUGGAGCCCCUUAAACCAGAGGUGGUGUCUGCACCAUUGCACCAACAAAGGAAUGAUGGUGCAACUUUAAAUUCAAACGAGGUUCACUCUGAUAUACUGGAAAUGCCUGAGGUAGAGAAUCAGCCAGUUAGUUUACCAGUUCAUCAACAAAAAAAUGUGUCCCCAGCUUUGGAAGUGGAAUGUGCAGAAGUACCAAGGAUGACGAAUAAUAAACAACUUCAGUGUCCACAUUUAAGACACCAUAGUGGCAUUGCUGGUGACCUAGUGAAGGGAGCCCUGUCUGUGGCGGCUUCUGCCUAUAAAGCUCUUUUUGCAGGGGAUGCCAAUGUGGUACAGGCUGAAGCAGCAGAGAAUCAAACAACACCCCUGAUGGAUAUUCUUUUUGAAAUGGGAUUUUGUGACAGACAACUAAAUACGAAGCUCCUCAAAAAGCAUAACAACAAUCUCAUUGAAGUUGUCAACGAACUUCUCCAGAUCAAUGAUAAUGACUGGUACACUGGACGCCACUGAAUAAACAUGAGAGAUGUGGACUGCCACUUAGUUAAUAUGAACCUGUUGCGUGUGCUAAAAGGAAAUUGUACACAACAGCUGUAACUGAGGACAUCCACAGGACAAUGUGAUCUGUGAAUUCAUUUUCAGCAAUAUGUUUCAUUGAAUUAACACUGAGUUCAGUUAAUAUUGGGGAAACUGUAUUUCUCCAGUUCAUUAAUCCACAUUAUAGAUUAUGUGGGUUUAUAUAAUGUUUAAAAAAAAAACUUCUGGAAUAACAACAAAUCCAAAAGAAAAGGGGAUCAAGAUGUGUCUGAGUCUGUUUGAUGAAUUUUGGGAAAUCCACAUUGAUGCUGAUAUCUUGAGUUACACUACACAAAAGACAUUAAGUGUCACAAUAUAUUUUGAAAUGUAAUAAUCCAUGAGUUGGACUCUGUACAACAAAAUACUACAGGGAACCUACAGUGAACCUAUAUCAAUGCAAUGAGUAUACCUUAAAAGGCUCUAUGUCAGGAAUAUGAUUUUAUAUUGAUACCUGCAUUGUAGCAUAUUGUACUUGAGAAAGAAACAAUUGAAACUUUAUUUUAGAUCAGCUUGGAAGUAAUGCAAAUUAUUUCUUCAGUAUGAUUAUAUAUUGAUACUUCAUAUUAUGGUAGCCUGCAGCAGCGAGUUGCCAUUAGGCAGACCCUUUGCAGGUCUUCUGUUGGAAAUAGAAUACUGGAUCAUGAGAAGUAGAAUGUUUGUAAUAUGUGAGGUUGGUUUGUGUGCUAGAUUGUCCUUCCACAGCCAAAUUGUGGACAGCAUAAAACUGAGUAUUAUAAUCGGAUGGCAGUAGGACAAACUUAAUUUGAUAUUUUUCUGCUGAAAGCAAAUUUCAUGCUUUUACUAGACUUUCAUUUGCAUUUUCUUCUAAUAACUCCUGUAAUGGAAAGUGUAUGUUUAGAAAUGAUCACUGCAGCAUUUGUUGGCAGUCUCUAUAUGCUUUGAAGAAUUUGGUAUCCAGUAAAUUAGUUUCAGCUGUAUUGCGUAGUUGAUAUUUUCUUAGGUUCUGACUAUGUUUUGUGUCUGGUCAAAAGCUGCACAGAAUAAUGCUUGGAUUGAAAUCCAUGCAAUUGGCCUCUUGAAGCUAUGUAGCACCUUUCUUAAAAUUCCUGUUAUUCUUGAAAGGCUGAGGUAGAUUAACAGUUAUAUAUUGAUCAGCCACAGAGAAUUACAAAUUUUAAGAGCUAGAAUUUGCAACUGUUGCAAUUCAUCUGACUAUAAUUAUAUUCAACUAAAGAACUUUUUCUUUAUCCUGGAAGAUAUGGUACUACUUUUGCAGUUUUUCAUUAAAUGCUUCUCAAAACAAAAACUUCAGUGAAUACAAGUUUGGACUUGGAAUUGUAAUGAUUUUUUUUAAUGCAUCCAAGUUGUGUGCUCACUGUGGCAAUGGAGCUUUCAUUCAACAGUUUAACAUUUAUACUACAUUACAGUCAAUGAGCAUUAAGUACCAACAACUACACACAUGUACAAACAUAGAAUUCUUCUUGUUAUCCAGACCCACAGUAUCAAGGAUGACUUGUUUCCAUUCUAGUUCUGAGGAGCAGAAAAUGCCUAUGCAUUUACAUAAAAUAACUAAAUCCAUGGUCACAUGUCCUUUUCUGUUUCUUCUCUACUUCACCCUGACCUUCCCUCCCACCACUACAGCUGUUGGAUGCUCACUCUCCCAGGAUGUCUCCGACUGUCCCACUCUCCCUCUUCAGAAGCCCCACCCCAGUACCAGCAGCCACACUGCGUGGUCUCCAGCCUAGCCAGAUCUCCUGGGAGAGGUCUACACUAUUCCAGCUAAUUUGGUUUACCCAGUCUAUAUGCAAAUUAGUCUCCUGUGAUUGUUGUAUUGCCUUUUCUGCCCUGAAGAGAAUAAAAAUAAAUACAAAUUCUGCCCUUGUAUUUACUGUCAAAUAAUGACUUCUAGAGAUUACGUAGUAUUAUUCAUUGUACGUUACAAUAUCUUGACAAUAUCAAUACCCAUAAUGUGAGGAUAGAAAAUGAGGCAUCCACAAAUUCUUUGAGCACAUCAAGAAUAUCUAAAUGUGCAUUUUGGAUUAUCUCUGCUUUCAGUCUAGAAGAAUAAUUUAACUUAAAAAUUGUUCUAUACGAGGAAUUGGUCUUUUGUUAAAGUUGUGUGUUGUGAGUUGUACGGCACCGAGGGACACUAAUGCAGAACAAUUAUUCAACUAUUCCAUUGGUGCAGGAAUUUCCAUUGGAAUGGAGUGAAAGGUGUUGUUCACCAUAUUAAUGUUUUUUUUAAAUGCAACAUUCUACAAAAGACUUAAGAAUAUUAGUGAGAAAUCUGGUUUAUAUAUUUUUUAAAAAAUUACAAGAAACUUGGAAUUACAUGGGUAGUAGUACAACCCAAGCUGCUGCUUGGUGAGAGAAAGUCACGAAUAACCCUAUAAUCUUCACUUUAACAAUGUAUUUCUCACCCCCCUGGCCCCCCCCCCCCCCCCCCACCACACCUCUUUCUCUGCUGAAACCUUUGAUUCUACAUUGACUGAACUGAGGCCUCAAUGAUCGAAUCAAUUUGCCAAGAACAGAUAUUGCUUGAUUCCUUCAUGGACUUAAAAUCAAGAUAGUGUGCGGGAUAUUGAAGUGUUGUCCUAAUUUUGAAUUAACAAACCUAUUAGUAAUGUGGAUGGUCAGUCUUCUCAAUAAAAUAAACUUUAGCAUAAAAACAGCUUGCUGUUUUUUUUUUGCAGUCUUGUCAUUGGUAAAAAAACAUAAAAAGGAGUACUUUAAACUGAUCUAAACACCUGGAAAAUUAAUAGACAAAUUAUGCAAAGUUCAAAAAUUACUAUUUACGAUUAAUAAAAAAAAUGUUUGCGUAUGAUUUUGCCAUAGAAAUCCAGCUAACUAUCAGUUGUAAUUUCUUUGCUGCCAAGGGGGUUUCGUGAGAUUUGACCUGAUCUGUAAACAAGAUUUUGAUUUGGAGAUUGCACCAAUAUUUACACAUUUACAGUGUUGAUGUACAUCUUUUUAACUUUGCUCAAAAACAGUUAAAGCAGGGAAUUUCUCCUUUAGCUGCCAUUGGGAUUUGCCAUUCAGCAAGUUGCAUUGAAGUGUUGUAUGGUUAUGAAGACCUUUGGUGUUUUGGGUUUGAUUUGCAAUCUACAGUUUUAGUCUGUGCCCCAGGUUAUGAGCGCGAUGUACCAAAAUGUGUGUUGAUGCUUUGUUGAGAUAAUUUUGUGGUUAACUUAAUAUCUUUCAAAAUGGGUUGCAAGUGUGUUGUGGGUUGCAAGAAAAAAAGUCAGAUUUUCUUGAACCUGAAAACCCUUUCACCACAAGCUUAAAUUUAGCUACGCUUCAAUAAUUUUUUAAAAGCCCAGCAGAAUAACUUUUUGACAAAAGCAUUAAUAUCAGUUUACUUUAACAGUGUAAGGUUGUUAAAUUAGCAUCUUAUCAGUAUUUUAACUGAUUAUAAAGCUCAGAUAUAUGUUGAUCUCGUAUUGCACAGGGGUAUCUUGGCUCAGCAGAUAUUUUAUAUUGACAAUAGUCCACAGAGCAAAACUUCAAACCAAACUGGAUUCACUGGAUGCCAAACUUGCAUUUGGCAAAUUAACAGGUUCUCUCGGUACCAUUUCAUCAUUGGUAUAAGAAUCCAAAGAGGGACAGAUAAUAAACUGGAGUCAAAAAUCUAUUGCCAUGUUUCAAGUGUCUGAAAGAUGCACCAAGAAGGGAUCCAUUGAACCAUUUCUGCAGUUCAUCUGCAUUCUUUUCGUAAAUUACAUACAAAAAAAGGAUUUAUGGAUUUACUGCAAAAUUUACAGUACUUUUAAGAUUGAAAAUUAACACUUCAGUAACUUCUGAUGGCUUCAUUUGCACAUUGUCUACAUUUGCAUGUAAUUGUCCUCAAACCCAUUUUAGAGUAUGUAUUAUUGCAUAAAAUUACCCCAUUCUCUACAAAUCUGUAUUUUUCUGUUCCUUUGAAAUGUGAUGUAAAUGGAAUAUGAUUCCUUUUUAGAUGAAUAAAAAAUAUUGUUUAAAUGAAGUUCUCAUCAUUAAUUCUCUUUUCACCAUUUUUAUGAUGACCUAAAACUCAGAAUGGUGUUGUGGAAACUGCAUUCUGUAUCUUCAUUAGAGAUGUAGGUCAGGAUAGAUGUGAUGCUGACUCUUGACCUCUAGGCAAAAUGUCCAGCUGUCAGGCAAAAUAUUUUCAGAUUAAUAGGUUUCAAUUAUAUUUGAAUAAAUUGUGUUCAUCUUAUUGACCACCUGAAAUAUUUAUGGUCUUUUUUAAAGUAUUAAUAACUUUGGAUUCUGUACUUGUGCAGGGAAAUCUGCCAGG